AUGUCAUCCACUUAUACCCCCCUUGCAGAUAUUCCAAAGGUUGUCCAAAGCCUGCGUUCGACCUUUUUCAGCGGCAUCACUCGUCCGCUCGAAUUCCGUAAACAACAGCUUCGAGGUUUGUACAACCUUUUGGCGGACAAUGAUGCAGCUAUCCGUGAAGCGGUCUUUCAAGAUCUUCAUAAACCCCCUACGGAGCUCAUGAUUAGUGAGACGGGGAUGAUCAAACAAGAAUGCAUCGAUGCCAUCAAAAACCUAGAGAAAUGGGCCGCAAACCGGUCUGUGAAGACGAGUAUUGUGAACAAGUUUGAUAAUGUUCAUAUCCGUAAAGAUCCUCUGGGGAUGGUCUUGAUCAUCGGUGCUUGGAACUAUCCCCUGAACCUGUUGUUGGGCCCUGCGGUCGGGGCCAUUGCAGCAGGAAAUACUGUUAUCUUGAAACCAUCAGAGAUCUCCCUGAACACCGCAGCCCUGUUGACGAAACUGUUGCCCAAGUAUUUGGAUCAACGGGCUUAUAGGGUCGUCAAUGGUGCGGUUGAGGAGACGACGUUGCUGUUGGAGCACAAAUUUGAUCAUAUCUUUUAUACCGGAAAUGGACAGGUCGGGAAGAUCAUCAUGGGAGCUGCAGCAAAGCAGCUCACCCCCGUAACCCUAGAACUUGGUGGCAAGAGCCCAGUGUUUAUUUCUCGUGAUGUCGACAUUCCAAUCACAGCCCGUCGUCUCUGCUGGGGUAAAUUCUUCAACUGUGGUCAAACCUGUAUCGCACCCGACUAUCUGAUUGUGGAACGUGGUAUUGAAGACAAGUUGGUCGAAGCAUUCAAAGCAUCCGUUCAAGAAUUCUAUGGCUCUUCUGUCCAGAGCUCAAGCUCGUAUGGCCGUAUCGUCAACAAGAAUCAUUUCGACCGACUCAAGGCCCUGUUGGAUCAAACAAAGGGCAAGGUCGUCAUGGGCGGUCAGAUGGAUGAGAAGGACCUAUUCAUGGCACCGACUUUGGUCCUGGAUGUCGAUAGAGAUGACAAAUUGAUGGAAAAUGAGAUCUUUGGACCUAUCUUGCCCAUCCUUGUCGUCGAUCGACUGGUCGAAGGCGUCAAGUAUGUAAACCAACGUGAUCAACCUUUGGCUCUCUAUGUCUUUAGCAAGAACAAGAAGGCGAUCGAUUACAUUUUGGAUCAUACACGGUCUGGAGGAAUCGUCGUCAACGAUUCAUUGGUUCAUUUCAUUGUCUCCAACUUGCCUUUUGGUGGAACAGGGCCAUCCGGCAUUGGUAAUUAUCAUGGAAAGAGAUCAUUCGAUGUCUUUUCACAUGAACGCAGCGCUUUGAUCAAGACCAUGGGCAUGGAAAAAUUAAAUGAUUUGAGAUAUCCUGUAAGUACAACAAUAACAAUUAUGAUUAUAACAACAACAAUAACAACAAAGCAUGCAUUUACACACAUUACACACAUUACACACAUUACACAUGCAUAUGUACAUAAUCUCUCUCUCCAUCUUCUCUCUCUUUUAUUUUAUCUCCAAGAGGAAUGA